UCUUCUCCUUCUCUCUCUCUCUCUCCACAAAGAUAAGCCAACAAUGGCUGGUGAUUACAGAGGACGCUUUAGUAGCCGUCGUUGCUCCGACGACUCUGACGAUUCUUCCGACGAUGCUUCUUCCGUGGAGGGAGAGACCGCUUCUUCCGUGGAGGGAGAGACCACUUCUUCCAUGUACUCUGCGGGGAAAGAGUAUAUGGAAACAGAAUGGACCAAUGAGAAGCAUAGGUUAUAUCUUAAAUCUAUGGAAGCUUCAUUCGUAGAUCAGUUAUAUAACUCUCUCGGAGCUCUAGGGAAGAACGAGAAUGUAUCGGAAUCGACGAGGUUCGGUAGCGGUAGAAAACCGUCUCAAGAGCAGUUCAAGGUUCUUCAUGAUGGUUUUUGGCAGAAGAUUAAUGUGAAACAACCUGAACAUCGGAUUAACGGAAGACACGGUAGUUCUCAUGAGUUUCUUAGGAGUCCGUGGAUUAAGCAUUAUAAACCGUUAGUCAAGACGCAAAUUUCGGUAACGGAUGAGCCCGAAAAUCAAGUUGUUAGCAGCUCAAAUGGGAAGAAGGUAAUAGUUAUAUGCAGCUCUGGUUCAGCCUCAAAUCUCAAGCAGAUAUGCUCUCAUUCGCGUGACCACGACCAAAUCAGCGUUGGAGAAGCAGAGGUAUCGGAUCAGAACUUUGUCAACGAAGGAACAAAAGGCGAAAAUGGAAGCUCGAAGAAGAUGAAGACAGUGAUGAGUGAAUCGCCGAGUACCGAUCAGGUUGUUCCACUUAAUAAACUCCUGGAACAUGACAUAAAUUUGAAGUCUGUUUCUUGAGAGGUCAGAUCGUGAAGCUUUUAUAAGGAGAAUUUUGUAAUGUAUAUAUUUGCAUAACUAUAAGUCAAAAUUACUAUCUUUAGUUACAAGUUUUUUCCUCA